AUGGAGCAGCCGGAGGAGGAUAUCAGACGCCUGGCCCUGAAUCGGAUCCGGAGCCUGACGCGUGAGUCGUCGCAAGACGUGACUUUGGUGCAUGCCGAUGCCGUGAAAUCCAAAACAACUCUGACAGCCGAAGCUCAAACUAGGUUUUUGCCUUACGUGGCUCUGGGGACCGGCGUGUCGUUCAGAGACUGGUCCAAGGCUUGGUUGGCGGCUCGGGAGGCUGAGGAGUUGUCUUUUGGUUCCUAUGCCUUGCCCAGUUAUAGCGACCGUGAGGCAGGUUGGACGGAUGCCCCAAUGUCAUCCUCGGAGGCUACGGAGUGGCUUCGUGAGUUCUUGCAAACUGCAGGUGCACAACCAGCAGAGCUGUCCCGGGUGGGCAGCCAUUCUUGCAAGAGCACCAUGCUAACCUGGGCUGGGCGAUCAGUUCAAGUGAAGUUCUCGCAGGACGAGCGUCGGCUUUUGGGCCAUCACUUGAUACCGGGAGAUCGCAGCAUGUUAACGUACUCCCGAGAAGCCUACACCACUCUGUACGGCAUGGUGCUUGCAAUGUAUAGGUUGAUAGAGAGCGGCGAGUUUGAUCCUGACAUGACGGCGGUAUCGCGUGUUCUGGACUGCGCGUCGGCUAUCAGCCAGUUGGCCGCCAGGGAAACCUUUCGUGUGCAGGAAGAGCCUCAGGACUGCGUGAUCCAUCGCCUUUCAGGGGUAGUGCACAUCGUCAGGUUGUUCUAUGAGAGCCACACGCUGGCCCUGUCCGACCUGAAGCAGCGGGUUGAAGCCGGGCCCGAUCAGGUAAUGCCAUCCAAUAAGCUGGUCGAUCAGUUCGUCGAAAUGCUGGAAUCUGGCGUCUUGGUCUAUUUGCCGCCGGAUGCGUGCGCUAGCCGGGCGCAAGAGAUCCAGUGUGUAAAGAAGGACGCGGCUAUUUCAUUAGACGGCGCAGGCACCCUUCGUUUGCAGAGCAGAUCAGCUGACCCGGUGGUGGAUGCGGGCACUGAGGUGAAGUUGCGAGCAGCUUGGCUCAGGAGGAGUCUGGCAAUGGACCAAGCCGGGCUAUCGACUUUCCAGGCCGUGGAGCGUUGGGUACAGUAUCUGAUGCAGCAGUUGUGCAAAGACCAGCCGAAGAAUUUUAGCCGAGUAACUUUGCAACAAAUUGUUGAGUGCGACAAACAGCUGUUCACAAUGGCGUCAAUUGAGACCAUGGGCACCUUGGCUGCGCCUCCGUCAGGGGAGAAGCCACUAGAUGCGGCCAUUUGGCUGAGCGCACGGGACCAGGCCAGGGUUGACAGUGCAAACAUCUUGUACAGCUUGACCUUGGAAAUCGCGUUGCACUGUUUGCAGCACAACAUCGUGGUUAGCAUCGAGAACCCGAAGGCUACCAAGUGGUUGUCCACGCCAAGGGUCUACGCGGCCUUGCAGGCAGUGUGCCAGAAUGACCAUGAGCAUGCGCCCUUCGGAGUGACGGACUCAGCUCUGUGGCGCCGAAAGGCCCUGCUCGCAAAGGACCAGGGGGCCGUUAAGCCCGACCACUUUAAGCACCUAGAGGACACUGCCCGGGAGGGGACGGAGGGAAAGCUUCGCCCAAUUGACGAUGCGCUGGAAUGCCAGUUGAACAGCGCCUACUCAACCACGCUCCACCUGCAACUGCAAGACACGGACUUUGUUACGGCGUUGGCCUUGGAGAUAUCAAAGCGGGUUUGUCAGGGCCGUCAGAGGAGUCGGCCGACGAAGCAGAUGAACGAGCCUCAGAGCUGUUGGACCUACUUGGAUGGCGCCACGCGAAGACAGGCCCUAAGGAGGCUCAGUCCGUUCACGGACUGCUCCGAUACGCCAGUGGCCAUUUUGCAGGACGUCAGCUCUUGCAAGCCAGUGCAGACUUCCUCAGAUGGAGCUUGGAAAAAUCGCCAAACCCGGAACACCUCAGGCGGCAUCGGGGCUGUGGUGGUCGACCAGGCGACUGACACACGGAGGGUCUUGUCAGGCGAAGUUCCUUGUGAGCUGGCUGAGCUGUGGUCGGAGUCUGUGGGCCUGCAGGCCAUCUGUGAAGUUGAGCUGUUGGCCGUCGUGGCCCUGAGGGAAAUCCUUGGGGAGAGCCUGCGCGACCGAAGGGUAAUUUUCUGGGUGGACAAUGAGAGCGCUAGGUUUGGACUCAUCAAAGGUAUUUCAAAAAGCCUGCCCAUGCAGAACUUGCUACAUCAGUUUUGUGAGCUUGAGCUGGGCAUCCCCUGCUUCCAGUGGUAUGAACGAGUGCCAUCAGCCUCCAACUGUGCGGACGGGCCCUCUCGCCAAAACUCCACGGAGGUGUGUGCAUGGCUGGGCUUGCAGGGGCCGGAACCCUUUGAAGUGCCUGCUAGAUUGAUUCAGGCACUUGUGUCGGAGUGA